UCCAUCUCCUCCCGGUUUUUUUGAGGCAGGGUCUCUCACUUGAACCCAGACCUUGCCAACUUGGCUAGUCAGCUUGCUUCUAAGGGCUGGAAUUGCAGACCAGCCAGGAAUCCUGCCUCUGGUUUCUAAGGGCUGGGAUUGCAGACCAGCCACCCUGCCCCACAUUUAUGUGGACCUCGGGGAUUUGAACUCUAGUCCUCAUGACCUUUACCCACUGAGUCAGUUCCACAGCUUCAGCUCGGCAUCCCAUCCUGCCUUCCUACCCCAGUCAGCCUAUUGAGAAAGUCCCUCACAGACACACCCAGAGGUCUGUCUCUCAAGCUAACCAUCACAGGCUUACCAGCCCCUCCUGGAGCUCAUCAUUCUGACCUAGAGGAUCUUUUGAAAGAGAAGGUGGAGUCAGGAACAAGAGGCUGGGGCAGUUUGACAGGAUCCGCAUGGGAAACGCUGAAUCACCGUGAGGACUUAGUUGUCCUUAAACCCCGAAUCGCUAGCCAAUCCCUGCGAUCAACGCCGACUGGGAUUCCACAGAAAAUGGGAGGAGGUCUAAGUUCACGCCCACACUUAGACGCUCCUGGAAUUUUGUUUCUGAAUUCGGUCUCGUGGGGAGAGGAUUUGCAUCGCUCUAGACCCAUAUAGGUCUACCUACAUACUUGGGAAAACCAAAAAGGCCGGCAGUGCUGGCUCCUGUAGGUGUGCGGAUUACAUACAAAACGGUCCUGUAAACGCAAGCCUGCUCUCCCACGUGGGUGCGCACGGAGACCUCCAGACGCGCAGAGCUCGCCCACACCUGUCAAGUCUCCUCCCAGGCUCUGUUCCCUAAAGCAGGCAACCGGGAAUCGGCGCUACAGCGGCUCAGCGUUAAGUAACCUCAGUGCAGAAGCAAGUUCCCCAGAAGCAAGCAUUUACAUUUUGCACAAAACGACGGGCUCCGGUCCAAGAAAAUUACGUAGACUUGUUUUCCUCCUUUUGAGGUUUUCCCAAAAUAGUUGCUUCCAUCCGACUGCCAAGAGUCCUGCUGACCCCUUCCGAUUUCUUUGGGAGCAGGUCUCUGACCCACACACAGCUCCGAGCUCGGAUGACUACCUCGGCGGGCUUGAGGAAAGAGGCGGACCCUUCGGGAACAGAUGGCCCCUCCUCGGAGGGGAGGGACCGACGCCCAGGGCCUUGUUCUCUAGCAGUCGCUGCGCCGGGUCCCAGAACUUAGUCCUGCGCCACGAUUCUAACCACGCGUGGCCCGCUGCGCAGCCGGCCCUGCAAGCCGGUGAUCCGCGUGUCCCUCCGAUAUGUCAUCCUGCAGCCGCGUGGCGCUGGUGACCGGGGCUAACAAGGGCAUAGGCUUCUCCAUCACGCGUGACCUCUGUCGGAAGUUCUCCGGGGACGUGGUGCUCACCGCUCGGGACAAGGCGCGUGGCAAGGCGGCGGUGCAGCAGCUGCAGGCGGAGGGCCUGAGCCCGCGCUUCCACCAGCUGGACAUCGACGACCUGCAGAGCAUCCGCGCCCUGCGCGACUUCCUACGCAGGGAGUAUGGGGGACUUAACGUGCUGGUCAACAACGCGAGCAUCGCCUUUAGAAUGGAUGAUUCAACACCCUUCGACAUCCAAGCAGAGACAACACUGAAGACGAACUUCUUCGCCACUAGGAAUGUCUGCACGGAGUUACUGCCCAUCAUGAAGCCACAUGGGAGAGUGGUGAACAUCAGCAGUCUACAGGGGUCAAAGGCUCUUGAAAACUGCAGUGAAGAUCUUCAGGAAAAGUUCCGAUGCGACACCCUUACAGAAGGGGACCUGGUCGACCUCAUGAGAAAGUUUGUGGAGGACACCAGAAAUGAAGUCCACGAGAGGGAAGGUUGGCCAGACUCAGCCUACGGGGUGUCCAAGCUGGGGGUGACGGUCCUUUCAAGGAUCCUGGCCCGGCAACUGGAUGAGAAGAGGAAAGGAGACAGGAUUCUACUCAAUGCCUGCUGCCCGGGAUGGGAGGGCUCCAGGACCGCGGAGGAGGGGGCUGAAACCCCUGUUUACUUGGCCCUCCUGCCUCCAGAUGCCACUGAGCCUCAGGGCCAGCUGGUCUGUGACAAAGUCGUGCAAACAUGGUGAACAUCUGCUCUGACUUAAUGUGUAGUAAACGCUGGCGAGAAGUGAACAGAGACUGACGUAGUUUGACCCUCUCUGCACAUUGAGAAGGAAGGGCCCUUUGUACCUGUGUGGUUCCACAAUCGAAAUCUGAAACGAUUUGCUGUGUCCAAACUCUUUUCGGUCCUUAAUUUUACAUCCAGUCAAUUGGUCCUGCUUUGUUUUUCAAAUAAAAAAAAAAAGGUUUGCUUU